ACGACACAAGCUUGAGUGUCUUGCUAGAGUUUCAUCAUUGUUAAAUAUACUUUGGUUAUAAAAAAUAAAAAAAAACAGAAAAAAGAUGUCUAAACUUUUAGUGGACGAAUGUCGUGGCGUUCUUCAUGUCUAUAGCGACGGUUCCAUAGUUCGCACCGCAAAUCCAGCCUUUAACACCCCUGUUCAAGACGACGGGACUGUUUUAUGGAAAGAUGUCGUUUUUGACUCAGCUCAUGAUCUUCAGCUUCGGCUCUAUAAGCCAGCUAAUUCAACCGUUACCAAGCUUCCAAUUUUUUACUACAUCCACGGUGGCGGCUUCUGCAUCGGCUCACGCACUUGGCCAAAUUGUCAAAACUAUUGCUUCCAGCUCUCUUCUCAGCUUGGAGUUGUAGUGGUUGCCCCUGAUUAUAGGCUCGCGCCGGAGAAUCGGCUCCCGAGUGCAAUUGACGAUGGCUUCAAGGCUGUUAAGUGGCUUCAAGAACAAGCUGUGAGUAGUGAGCCGGAUUCUUGGUUGAACCACGUGGCUGAUUUUAGCCGGGUUUUUAUUUCUGGUGACUCGGCUGGUGGUAAUAUUGCUCACCAUUUGGCAGCUCGGCUUGGCUUUGGUGCGCCUGAGUUGGCUCCGGUUAAGGUUAGGGGUUAUGUUCUGUUGGCACCGUUCUUUGGUGGAACCGUUCUAACCAAGUCAGAAGCUGAAGGACCAAAAGAUGCUUUUCUCAACUAUGAACUUAUUGACAGGUAUUGGAGGCUUUCCAUACCCAUUGGGGAGAAUACUGAUCACCCACUUGUGAAUCCAUUUGGAGUUCAUAGUAAUAACCUUGAGACAAUUGAUCUUGACCCAAUUCUUUUGGUUGUUGGAGGAAAUGAUUUGCUUAAAGACAGGGCAGAGGAUUAUGCAAGGAGGCUUAAGAAUUGGGGUAAAAAUAUAGAUUAUGUGGAAUUUGAAGGACAACAACAUGGAUUCUUCACUAUUGAUCCAAAUUCAGAACCAGCUAAAGAGUUGAUGUUGGUCAUUAAGCAAUUCAUAGAAAAGUAUUCGGGUAAUGUUUGAGAACUUCAAACACUUUGCUUUUAAUGUAUCUUUCUAUGUUGAAUUGCAAUUAUAGAACUUUGAUUUCAUGAGAAGUAAUGAAGUUUCAAUCUGAAUUGGUAUUUGCUAUUUAGUUCAGUUAACUAUGGCACAGUUCUAAUGUUAUUGCAAGUUUUGUUGCGAGUAUUC